AGGCUGACCAGCACAUAAGAUCAUCAGAAUACCUAAAGGAGAACUCACAAGCACUCACAAGCUGGAUACCUCUUUCCUGGGAUGAAUCACAUGAAGAGCUUUGCAGCAAUUCCAAUGUCUAAGUGUAUGAGAGACAUGUGCAAAGAAGAGGACUAUGCUUUCCUAAACAACCAGAAAAGUAGGGAAAUAGACAAGACUCCAAAGGAGAGCACAUUUCGUGAGAGGGAGUGGCAGCAGAAACAAGAAGAAAGGCUCCGCCGGAGGUUAGACCGAGAGCAGCAGGAGCAGGAGAAGCAGUGUGAGCUGGAGAAACAGAGGAGGGAGAAGGAGGAGCAAUGGAAAAGCCAUGUGGCUGGCCUAGCAUCUGAGCGUGAGUCUCUCCGUGGCAGAUUACACAGGCUACGUGAAUUCAGGGACUUUCAAAAGAGAGUGUUGAUGCAGGAUCUGGGUCUGGAGCCUGGUACAGCCAGUGAAAAUCUCACCCAACUUCUUAUGAGACUGUAACAAAGGCUACUGCAUGAUGUACCAUGGAACAUCAUGAAGGCCAUCAUGGACAAGUGGAGAAAACGGGGCACCACAGUAACAUUACCAAGAACAGGACGUCCAUUUAAAAUCGGCGAAAGGACAAGACAUAAAUGUUUAGGGAGGCUGCCAAGAGACCAACGGCAACAUUAAAGGCACUGCAGGUAUACGUGACAACAAUCUCUUGUAUUCUUCACUUGUCUGGGCAAAGUAUUAGUUAGGGUGUGUGCACACUUAUGCAACCCACUUAUUAAAAACAAAAAAACUUUCAAGUUUUCCCCUUAAAAUGUUUCUAUCUGUUUUUCACUUGAAUUUUAUUAAUUUCUAGAUCACAUUUAAGGUGGGAAAGUGAUCUGACAUGACUUAUCUUAGUUUUUUUUUUUUUUUUUAAUCCCAAAACCCUGCAUUAACAUUAACAGGGGUGUGUAGAUUUUUAAUAUCCACUGUAUGGCUCAGAUCACAGCCGUUUAGAUUAAAGCAUCUUUAUCCACUGCACAUUUUCCUGAGCAGUGUCUCUAUAGUAUUUAGCCACUACUCCCCCUUUCUUACUAUCUUUUGCGACUUUCCUCACUCCAUUAUCCAUACAUUUAUUUAUUCAGUCCUUCAAACACAUAUAUGAACCAAGGAUGAUAUAGAACAUUUAUAUAGCAGUAUACUAACAUUAUGAUAUAGUGGGUAUCGUCAGGCGGUGAUUCUUUUAUAAAUACUGCAAUAAAUAACUUAUUGAUAUUAAAACCUAUUUCAGAAGCAAUUACAUGAGUCCCCAAUAGGACCACUUUUAUCAGUGUAGCCAUUUCACUGACAUAGUACUGCGUGUUGUUCUGGCAUGGGUAUUAGGAUUUUAAACAGGGCAUGCAGACAGUGUGGGAACCAAGUGUGUGAGAUAGACACCUUAUCUGGAAAUUUAAAAGUCUAUAUUAUCACUUUGUAAUUUUAGUACCGUGUGAACAGUGCUUAAGGUAAUCCUUUCUUGCUAGACCAGUUACAGAGACAGAGAGUAUGAUGAUGUCACCAAAUGUACCAUCGUAAUGUCACUCAAAGUAUUCAGUGAAACAAGAUCUGGGUCACCCAUUUAUAUUAGUUUAAUAUCAUUCUGGUUUUAGAAGAGAGUAAGUCACAA